AUGCUGCUGUCCCCCAGUCAUAUUCCUCCUGAAAAAUCGGCGCCUUGUCCAAAAGAAUCAAGAGAACGCUGUUCUCGAUGUGGUCGAUUGCGCCCAAAGAAGAAAAACAAAAAAUCUGGUGAAAAGAAGCGUGCCGCUGAUGAGGAAGUAGCUUCAACUAGAUAUGUCCAUGAAAUUCUGGCCGCUGAGCACGCUUCAACAGGGACUGGCUCGAAGCUACAAGGGCUCAUUACAUUACAAACUUCUGUAAAGACCUAUAGGUCCGAUGGAUCGACAAAAGAAUCGUCGAGGAAAACUGGUAAGAAGAAAUCAAACAGAUCGAAAUCCAAAAAAUCGAAAUCCAAGCGAUCGAAAUCCAAGAGAGCGGAAUCCAAGAGAUCGAAAUCCAAAAUGUCGAAAUCCCAGAAAUCGACGGCCAAUAAUUGUUCAGAACGAGAAAGAUCAGGCGAAGCUACCGUCUCCAAGUACAUGAAGAAACACGGAUACCGAAAAUACACGAUGUAUCGAGACAAGCGCGGAAGAUUCGUCAGGGUGCCACGUCGCAACUGA